CGGAUGCGCGACGGUAGGACAGACGCGUCAACAGACACUACUGCGCAUGCUCGGAUCCGUGGCGCAGGCUCUGUAGCGGCGGCCGCAAUGGUUUACAUUUCCAACGGACAAGUGUUGGGUAACCAGAAUCGGGCUCCUUGGAGUUUAUCAUCUAUAACUGAUUUCUUCUGGGCAAUAGCAGAUUUUGUGGUCUUGUUUUUCCAGAGUAUUAUUCAACCAGACUUGAGAAGGAAGGGGUACACAUCUUCCUCAUAUUCAAGAUACGAUGAUGGAAGAGGGCCUCCAGGAAAUCCUCGCCGUAGAAUGGGUCGAAUAAAUCACUUUGGUGGAGGUCCCAGUCCACCACCCAUGGCUGGAGGUGGAUGAGGAAGGUAAAUGCCUGCUGUAAAAAGCAGGCAACUGGACUUACACAUUUACAAGUUGGAGAGGAAGAAGUGUUGAUGGUGGACCAAACAGGUUUGAAAGAUGUGAAUGUGUACGUCUAAUUGGAAACUGUUCUGUGAUGAAGCAGAUUUGUGAAGUUGUACUGGGAAUUCCCUCUUCUGGGAUCCAGUGCGACUGAAGUGCAGUUUUAUUAAAUGCACAUGUUACUGUC